CCGGAGGCGGGGAUUUACAAAACAUACUUGAGGCGAGAAGCAGGACACAUGCCCACCAAAAAGAAUUCAGGCAGUAGCUAGCAACUGAAAUAACUCGUGCAGAUACAGUCACUAAUUCGCUAUCUUGGAGGGAGCCAACUAGAACUAGAUGACAUUCUGACUCUGAAAAGUGGAAAAUCGGAUUAACAUUCAAGACUGCGCACCUCGCGUAAUCAUCUUGUCAACUGGUGGCGUUACUUCUUUCCUACUAGAAACUGCCUGCUUAGCUGUCAGACGACAGUUAGGUCGGGUGCACAUUUUCUAAUUCACGUUUCUCGUUAGUUCUUUUUGCAUAUUUUUAAGCUUGUAGCCUGGAACUUGGAUGCGUUUGGAGACAGAAGUCUAAUCUGCAAUCCCAGUGAGUGAGCUGUCAGUCUUUAGUGAGCUAAGAAAGUGAGCUACAGAGGACAGCACUCGUGUGGAUUUUAUUGAUUUGGACUUGGGGUUUUCUUUUUGGUGUCUACGCGGCUAAUUUAACCAUGCCAAAUAAUUGCAGUCUUUCGGAACUUUUUAUUUCUAUUGGCUGACUUAAUUAGCUGUGACGGUCAGGGCAACCUUAAUAACACUAGCUAGCUAGGCUAGUUGGUAUAGAAAUAGUAGAUCUAGCAUUGUAGUUGUUGGAAGUGCCAUUAACGGGUUAGCUGGUAGUGACAAACUGUUGUGACCAGCAACCUAGCCAAACAAUUUUCCAACGUUGUCUUUUUUUAACGCGAGGUCAUAACAGCAAUCAGCUGUUGCACGUCAUUUUCUUACAACUACAACUCAACUGUUUGUUUGACCUGGUCAAACGAUGUCGGGGAAGGACCAAAAAGAAAAACAAUCUACCACGGAGCGGCUCAUCAAAACGGUGCCACUGCCGCCCGCCCAGCGCCUGACGCUGAAGGACCUGUAUGUGGACGGCAAGCCCAACCCUGAGGUGCUGCGCAGCCACCUGGUGAAGGAGGGCCGCGUGGAGGAGGAGGUGGCCCUGCGCAUCAUCAACGAUGGCGCCAACGUCCUGCGCCAGGAGAAGUGCAUGCUGGAGGUGGAGGCACCAAUCACAGUCUGUGGUGAUGUCCACGGGCAGUUCUUCGACCUCAUGAAGCUGUUUGAGGUGGGCGGCUCACCCGACAACACGCGCUAUCUCUUCUUGGGAGACUACGUAGACCGAGGCUACUUCAGUAUUGAGUGUGUGCUAUACCUCUGGUCGUUGAAAAUCACCCACCCCACAACCCUCUUCAUGUUGAGGGGCAACCAUGAGUGCCGGCAUCUAACAGAGUACUUCACCUUUAAACAAGAAUGUAAAAUCAAGUAUUCGGAGCGGGUAUAUGACGCUUGCAUGGACGCGUUCGACUGCCUGCCUCUGGCGGCGCUCCUCAACCAGCAGUUCCUGUGUGUCCACGGCGGCCUCUCUCCAGAAAUCAACUGUUUAGACGACAUUAGAAAAUUAGACAGAUUUAAGGAGCCCCCGGCGUUUGGGCCCAUGUGCGACCUGAUCUGGGCGGACCCAGGUGAGGACUACGGUAGCGAGAAGACCCAGGAGUACUUCAACCACAACUCUGUGCGAGGUUGCUCCUACUUUUUCAGUUAUGCGGCAGUAUGCGACUUCCUGACAAACAAUAAUUUGUUGUCGGUAAUAAGAGCGCACGAAGCACAAGACGCAGGGUAUAGGAUGUACAGAAAAAGCCAGACGACGGGUUUCCCAUCACUAAUCACAAUCUUCUCCGCACCAAACUACCUAGACGUCUACAAUAAUAAAGCUGCUGUAUUAAAGUACGAGAAUAACGUCAUGAACAUCCGGCAGUUUAACUGCUCUCCUCACCCGUACUGGCUGCCCAACUUCAUGGACGUCUUCACGUGGUCUCUGCCUUUCGUCGGAGAGAAAGUAACGGAGAUGCUGGUGAAUGUUUUGAACAUCUGCUCCGAUGACGAGCUGAUGACUGAGGGCCAUGAUGACCUCUGUGAAGGUUUAACCCCUCAAGUUCGCAAAGAUGUCGUCAUCCGGAACAAGAUCCGCGCUAUUGGGAAGAUGGCCCGCGUCUUCUCCGUCCUCAGGGAGGAGAGUGAGAGUGUACUGACUCUCAAGGGCCUCACCCCCACUGGUACCCUACCUCUUGGAGUGUUGUCAGGUGGCAAGCAGACCCUACAGAGUGCUACCUUAGAGGCCAAGGAGGCCAAAGGUAUGCCUUGGUCCCUGUGGGGACAGCCCUGUAUGUGUAGCAUACAGUGCCUUGUGUUGGUGUUACUGUGUGUGUCGUGUGAUACUCCCUUCCCCAGUGCAAUUGUGAACUUUUGUAUCGUUUCCCUCCCACUGUGAUUCUGCUCAGCAUCUCCCUUUGUGACUUGAUAAGACUGUGAGUGAACCAUGAACACUGGAUGUGCUUGCACCAACAGUUUGUUUUCUUUCGCAAGGACAGUUUGCUUCAAGACAGUUGUCUUGGCGUAAACGGGCAUCACGGUCAGGCAUUUUAUUGGCAGGAAGAGAGAGGGUGUUGUGUGAAGGGUAAAGGAGGCCGUGGAGAAGUGAAUGUGGUGGAUGAUGACUGGCUGCGCUGCUGCUGCUGACUAUGCGGUCGGUCUGACGCUGUAGUGAAUUAAACCCUGAUCCACUUCCUGUUCCCGCCCCUACCGUAGGGGUCAUGAGCAUCCCUGGGGCCGCCUGCCCGCCCGCCGCGCCGCGCUGAGCUGGGCUGAGCCGCCUGCCGGCACCUGUUGACCAUAAGGAGAACUUCCUCCUCUCCCUUCUCCUCCCCUCCCCCCACCUUCCCCAACACCCAGCCUGGCUCUGAGCGCGGGCCCUAAGCAGUAGUGCUGGUUAAUACCUGGCAAGUGUGCCGCUGAUAGGCUUGGGUUCGGAGGACCUCGCUUUUCCCAGGGGAUAUUUUCAGACUCCUAAUCUCGUUAGGUCGCAAGUCUCUCUCUCUCUCUCUCUCUCUCUCUCUCUCUCUCUCUCUCUCUCUCUCUCUCUCUCUCUCUCUCUCUCUCUCUCUCUCUCUCUCUCUCCCUCUCGUUCUCUCUCUCUCUCUCUCUCUCUCUCUCUCUCUCUCUCUCUCUCUCUCUCUCUCUCUCUCGUUCUCGCUCUCUCUUGCUCUCUCUCUCGUCUGUCCCUAUGGUCCACCACUACCCCCCUCACCCAGAAUAACAUCUUUGCCUGCCCCACCCCAUCCCAUCCCAUCCCACCCCACCCCACCUCUACCUAGCAGUGCUGGAGGGUUAAGGCCCAGCCAGGACAGACACUCCUUGUGACAGGCUGUUGUGUAAACACUUAGUGCCCUGGAGGCAAGGAGAAGCACAUUCACACACACACACACACACACACACACACACACACACACACACACACACACAUACGCACGCACGUGCGCGCAUGCAUGCACAAACGGGGACAGACAACACAAACAUAGAGAGAGAGAGAGAGAGAGAGAGAGAGAGAGAGAGAGAGAGAGAGAGAGAGAGAGAGAGAGAGAGAGAGAGAGAGGGAGAGGGAGAGAGUACUGUACAUGAGGAGAAAAUCAGCAGUAAGGGGAAGGAAGGGGGGCAUUUCUGGGGCAUGCUCACAACUUCCCAGAAGAGGCAGCUAAUGCAGCAAGGCCACUAGGUUCAUGGUGAUCUACAUUCCAAAUGUGACUGUCAUGGUGUUGUGUCAUGUGCAUGCUUGUUUGUUGGUGUUAGUGUUGGUGUGUGUCAAUGGUGAUAUUAGGCUUAAGAGCUGCGUUUUUGAGAAGGCUGAUUCUUUGAGUUACUGAAAGAGUAGCUUUCUAUGUGUGCUGGUUAGGGGUGUAAAUGACAUUCUCCAUGACGAUACGAUUCAAUAUUGAUUUCACGAUUAUUUUUUAUAUUUAAGAAUGCCCCGCAAAAUUAUACGAUUUGAUUCGUUUUUUUUUUCAAUUACUUUUCCACUUAUAUUAUGUUGCACAAUUAACAGCUAGGGCAUUGUGCAGGGGCCAGCGAUUCGAUUAUUUUCUAUACUUCAGAAUGCCCCACAAUAUGAUAUGAUUCGAUUCGAUUCAAUUGCUGGCCGUAGGAUCGAUGCAUCAAUACAUAUGGAUUAUUGUUUACACCCCUAGCGCUGGUUUUGUUUUGCAUGUGUCCUGUGCAAGUACUGCCCUGUAGAUUUGACUUUGUUGUGCUGUGUGUGUUGUGCUGAGUCUGUUGGGGGUUGACCUCCUUUCUAAAUAGUGGCAGUGCUCUGGCUGUUGUGAUUAAGAAAUUAGGUGUUGUGUUUGAUGUCAUCACUGACGUACUUAAGUGGUUAAUUGCGAAAUAUGAAUUACAGGUACAUCCUUAUUAAUGACAUACCGUGCAUCAUUAGCAGUCCUUGAUUUGCAAUUAGGGACCUUUGCUAACACUUUAUUUUAGGGAUACAUCUAUAAGCACUAAUACAUACAAUGUUAAUGCCUGCAUAAGUAACUUGUAAGGCAUGUACUAAGCAAAUGCUAAGGCCUACUAGGUCCUUACUAAGGUUAAAUUGGUAAUAAAUCCCUUAUUGUGCAUGAACAAGACAUUUGCGAAUACAUGCCUAACAAAUGUUUGAUUUUGCUUUGUACACACCUUACAAGUUACUUAUACAGGAAUAUUGUAUGUAUUAUGUUAUUAUGUAUUAAUAGAUGUAUCCCUAAAAUAAAGUGUUACCGGACCUUCAUGUUAUUCCCAGUGAAGCAAGCAUCUCGCUUAAGAUCACUCACAUUCGCUGUGUUACAUUAUUAUAUCCUGUCAUGAUUUUAUUAACUUCUGAUGUUCUUACUUUUUGCGGCAAUUACUAUGGUAAGCUGUAUUGACGUGUACUUUGUUCAUUGCGCAUGUUUGUGUUGUGCAUUGUGCUGUGGGUUUACAAAGUAUUACCUGACCAAGUGUAUAUAAAGUAACGUUGAUGGGAUUUGUAACUUUAUGAAAAAGCAUGCAACCUGACUUUCUUCCUUAUGACGUUUACUGUAUUUUUUCAAAUAUUUAAUGGUUUUUGUAAGCCUUUCCUUGGUUAGAGGUAAAUAAUGUCUGAUUACUGAUCAUUUCUUGCUCUGUUUUGGCGGUUUGACACGCUACAUUUUUAGUCCCUAAUGCUCCCUCUCUCUCCCUCUCUAUCUCUCUCUCCCUCUCUAUCUCUCUCUCUCCCUGGUUUUUACCUCCUCUCUCUCCCCCUCUAUCUAUCUCUCUCUCCCUGGUUUUUACCUCCUCUCUUUCCCUAAUCUUCUGGCAGCCAUUCAAGGUUUUUCUCCCACAAGAAAGAUCCGGAACUUCGAGGAGGCCCGGGGCUUGGACAGAAUCAACGAGCGGAUGCCACCUCGG